UCUUAACCUCUGCAUAGUAGUGCUGAUUGCAGUUAAUGGAAGGCUGAUAAUUGAGAAUUUGAUGAAGUAUGGCCUGCUCAUAAGAGCUGGGUUUUGGUUCAGUUCAAAGUCACUGAGAGAUUGGCCAGUUUUGAUGUGUUGCCUUACACUCCCAAUAUUCCCCCUUGUUGCUUUUUUGAUCGAGAAACUAGCAUGGCGCAAGUUUAUUUCUGAACCAGUAGUUAUCUCUCUUCAUCUGAUGCUUACAACAGCUGAAAUUGUCUAUCCAGUUUAUGUGAUUCUUAGGUGUGAUUCGGCAGUUUUAUCUGGAUUCACAUUGAUGUUCUUUGCAAGCAUAGUUUGGUUAAAGCUUGUGUCAUUUGCACAUACAAAUUAUGAUCUACGAACACUUAUCAAAUCAUUUGAUAAGGAGGACACAUCUACCAACUUAUCAGGCAUUGAUGCUGAGGAGGGUAUUAGCUUCAAACAGUUAGUGUACUUCAUGUUGGCUCCCACACUUUGCUAUCAGCAAAAAUAUCCUCGUACAAAGUGCAUUAGAAAGGGCUGGGUGAUCUGUCAAUUUAUUAAGUUGGUGAUUUGUACAGGUUUGAUGGGCUUCAUAAUUGAGCAAUACAUAAACCCAAUUGUCCAGAAUUCUCAACACCCUUUAAAAGGGAAUCUUCUAUAUGCUAUAGAAAGGAUCUUAAAGCUAUCAGUUCCUACCUUGUACGUGUGGCUUUGCAUGUUCUAUUGCUUUUUUCAUCUAUGGCUUAAUAUUCUUGCUGAGCUCCUUUGUUUUGGUGACCGUGAGUUCUACAAAGAUUGGUGGAAUGCAAAAACAGUUGAAGAGUAUUGGAGAAUGUGGAACAUGCCUGUCCAUAAAUGGAUGGUUCGCCAUAUAUACUUUCCUUGUGUACAAAAAGGUUUACCAAAGGGUAUUGCUAUUUUAAUUUCGUUCCUGGUUUCAGCCAUAUUCCAUGAGCUAUGUGUUGCAGUACCGUGCCAUAUAAUCAAGUUUUGGGCAUUUCUAGGAAUACUAUUUCAGAUCCCAUUGGUCUUCCUAACCAAAUACCUCCAGAACAAAUUUAGAAAUACCAUGGUGGGCAACAUGAUCUUUUGGAUCUUUUUCAGCAUUCUUGGUCAACCAAUGUGCGUCCUCUUGUACUAUCACGAUGUCAUGAACAGGAAAAUUAGAACCGAUUGAUCUAAAACUCAACAUUCAUCCUGUUUUCUGCGUUUAAUGAAACAAGACACACAUUAUAAUAACCAGGCAAUUCAAUGAAAACAAGACAUUUCAAAUUUCUUGUUAUCUUGUUUAUCCAAA